AUGAAUCGCAGACAACGAGCUAGACAGGAGAGAUCAAAUGCAAGAAAACAUGCACCAAGAGCCGCAGCGGCUGCCAUUUUGUCUGCCCCUCCUGCAUCGACUCUGGGCGGGACCAGCGGAAUCUCUUUGUCAAAUCCGAUUUUAUCUUAACAAUCUCUCUUGACACGUAGCGGUUACUGCUGUAGCGGCUGAGGAAAAUAUGAUGUCUUCGUGUGAUCAAGCUUCUACGUGUGUGGUCUGCCAUCGAGUGGGUGCGCAGGCAAGUGGUCUACAAAAGCGGGCGAGAUAUUUGGCAACGCACCUGGGACGGUUUGUGAGCGGACAAUUGGAUCUUAUGCCUAUCCCUUGACUUUUGCCCGGAAAACAUUCGCCAUCUAGCCCAAGGACGUGUCGGUUGACCUCUCGUUUGGAAUCAAUCCUCAGGCGGCCGGCGAGUCUUGUUUCGUCGAUAUUGAUUCGGUCGUGUUUCGUCGAUGUGCGGUUUCAAUUGUCCUGAAGAAACUGUUUGCCCUCCCAUGGGUCUUGCGCAGGUGACGUGCCGCGAGAACUUGCCCAGUUACAAAACUUGGGUCAUCUGCUUCUUUCGCGCAACCCUGGUCUGGUUGGUGAGUACAGGUGGGGUUGUACGCUGUGCGUACAUAAGUUGUGGUGAUGUACUCCGUCGCCUCUACCACUCGGCUCUCGUGAGCUGUCAAAACCUUCAUGGUCCAGAUUUGUCCCAUGUUCAUGGUUUCGCCUUGCUUCUUGCACUGACUGCUGGCAUGCUUCGCUUUUGUUCUUGUGCAAGGCCCGAUCCCUCCUAGUCAUCCACAGGGAGACGCCAUGCAAAAGUGGAGCCGUAUUCCUACCGAAGAAGCUCGUGCAAAACUUGUCGCUGCUGACCGCGGAGAAUCGGGUGCCCCCCAGCCUUUUCUGGUGAGAGCGAUCCGCACCGCGACGAAGCUGUGGCACACGGCGGUCCCCGUGAUGGAUGACUAUACGGACUUCGCUCUUCUUUGGACCACUCGUGACGCUCCGGGUCCGGUGUGGUGGCUUUGUCUCAUCAUGGUGGUGCUUGCCGAUGUCGAGCGUCUGUGGUUCCUGGCAACCCUGUGCAUGACCUUCUGCUCUGCCGUGGUUCUGCUUCCUUUCCUUGUUGGGGAAUGUUUUUUCGGAACCCAAGGUGACAUUUUAGGGACAGUAUUUGCUCGACUCAACUGUAACCACGAUGUGCGCCGCGGCACGUUACGUGGGCGUGUGCUGGACACGUUUCUUUGGGCCCUGAUUGGGUCAAGAGGGCGAUGCACCCCCAUUUUCAGCUUGCUGGGGCUGAGCGGGAAUGCCACGAAGGGGCAGAUUGACGAGGCCGGUGUUGGCUUCAGUGCAGUAGACGAGUGGGUGUCUCGUCACCCGUUUCAUUGGCUGGGCAUGAAAGUGUUUCGGGGCUUCGAAUUGAAGGGUUCUGGUGAGACGGUGACGAGGCAAGGGGAAGUGGUGAUCAGGGCCGUGGGCGAGACGAUCGUAGUGGACCCUUUGUUUCUCCUACUUUCAGUCUUGAGCGGGGGUUUGGACGAGGGCCUGACGGGUUUCGCUGGAGUGUCGGCCCUUUUUUCCGUCCUGGAGCUGUUGACAGAGCUGCAGUAUUACGUGGAAGAAUCCGCGAAAUGGCUACGGCCCGUGAGUAGCCCUGUCACUGAUGAUGCAAGACGAGCUCCUGCGAGCGAUGGCGAAAUACUGCAGUCCGAUGCAAGACAUGCUCCAACACGUUCUCCUCCGAGCGAUAGUGAAUACUGCGAGGCGUAGGGAACACCGGGGGUGUAAAGUUGUGCAAGUUUUCCACCGAAACGAAGUAUGGAGAUCGAGAAUGAAAUUGCCCACAUGACUGUGCGGUAUUGUACAGGCAUGCAUACCAGGUGUCAGAAACCCGUAUCCGGAAAAAGGGUAGAUUUCAUUGCGUUGGUUCAUCCACCGGCGGCUAGCUUUUGAGCGGUUGAUUCCUUGAGAAUAAAAUGUGUGCCGCUUGCCGCUUCGUACCGCGGCUCUCACAGAAACCGGUUUUGUCAAUGACCAAUAAUCGGCUCUUUGAAGAUGUGUUGUAUCACCGCCAGACUGUAGUCCUGCUAAUGGUACUUUCGGGCAGCGUGGGGGGCUUUGUUGGACGUGCUUGCGCGCGUCCGCGGUAGCGAAUUUUGAGCCGGGGCUACUACGGCUGUUCCUCUGUUUGCUUUCUGCUGGGGUGCAUUGUUCUGCUCGGUAUCGAUGAAAAUACAGGGCAAUCUUUUGUAAGUGUGAACCAUCUGCAACCUUGUUUGUGUGGGUUCUAACGGUCCGCCUUGCGGUGGUCGAUGUUGAAUGAUUUCCUG